AAUGUUGAUAAAUUAUAUUUAAAAAAAGAUUAAAUAACCCGAAAAAUUGAUUAUGUACAAUAAAUCCAAGUGUAUAAAGGCAGAGGCAGUGAUUGUUAAGCUUUGCUUAUUUUUUGACAAGUAUAAAGUCUAUUCAAAUAAUCCUUGAAAGCCAUAUGUUUCACUAAGUUUUUCUCUCUUUCUAAUGUUGAAUUCAAUUCGUAUCCCUUUCGUUAAUUAUCAUUAUCAACAGUUUUUAAUUAGUUUUCGGCAAUAAUUAAAAAUGUUCAUUUAUCAAGACAUAAUCGGUUUUUUCAUUGUUAACAUAAACAAGUACAAGUAUAAGAACAAGAAAUUUAUUACGUAACUCCAGCCAACUCGUAGAGACUUUAUAGUUAUAUUGGAUGUAAAGCAAGAUGAGCCGAAGAGUCAGCUUCCUUCCGAGAACUACAAAGGCGGAGCGUGAUGGGCGGGAGGGAGAGGGAAAUGCCGAGCUCGACGAAGAGAUGGAAAAGAUGUUCAAGAGAGAAGACCAGAAAGGAGAAGAAUGGCUUGCACACAUCUCAGAGGGAGAUCCGCCUAAUCACAAGACUAUCACAGAACAGGACUACAAUUUUCACAGGAAAAAGAGUUACCCACAUAUGCAUGCGCCCUUAAAGGCGCUUCAUUCUAAGAGAAAAAGGGCUCAUUCUUGUAAAGGGGCAGCUGACGAUCCAACAGCUGCGAUGUCAAGAAAGAGCUCCCAAGGGGGCACCGACUCCGACACAGUCCCGACUGCCACAAGCCCUACCCUGGAAGGCGAUGACACUUCGAUCGCAGAUGAUGUACCGCUCAGCGAAGAGGGCGAAGUUUCGGAAAGGGCUUCGACGAGGGACACAUGUAUAUCGCUCUCCUCACCGGACAAACGGGUUCAAUUCGACAUAGGCAAACAGGUUCAAGGAUCUCCUGAAAUUGAAGAAGGAAAAAUUAGUAGUGACAUUCCAGUUAGCGAUGAUGUUACUGAUGAGGCGAAACGAGAGCAGGACAAAAAGCGAAGACGGCAUUGGCGACACCAUCACCAUCAUCACCGGAAGCACAGCCUCGUUGAAGAUCCGGGGUGGAGGAAACGUUCCGGCGUUGAAGCGCUUCCAAGGCGGAUGAGUGAGGCGGUGCUGGAGGAAACAUCAACACUGCAGGAAAUGGACCAAGAUGAUUUAGUUAGCCAUAGAUUUGAUAUAUCCAAAGGGAAAAGAAGAUUUAGCGUCAGGCCUAAGGAUUUGCAGAGAAAAGAAUCCAUCGGCCAGAAAAAAUUAUAUGAUCACAGUCCACACGAGGUGUUUGUUCAACUUGAUGAACUUUGUGGGAUCGGAGCUGAAAGGGAGUGGAAGGAGACUGCCAGGUGGAUCAAAUAUGAAGAAGACGUCGAGGAAGGUGCCGAGCGAUGGGGUCGACCCCAUGUCGCCCCGCUGUCCUUCCAUUCGCUACUCAACCUUAGAAAAUGUCUCGAAACCGGCGUGAUCCUCGUGGAUUUAGAAGAAAAAGAACUUCCCGGUGUUGUGUACCGUGUUGUCGAACAGAUGGCUAUCGAUGAACUUAUUACGGAAAAUGACAAACCGAUCGUGAUGAGAGCUUUGCUCCUCAGGCACAGGCACGUGCAAGAAGAAAGAUUCAGGUUUAAUGUUAGGCGUAACACCGCAAGCUAUUCAAGUCUGCAGUACUCACACAGCAUAAGGGAGAAUCGAGAAGAAUCGUUCGAUUCCAUGUCACUGGAACUUGACGACACAGGCUCGCUAUCCGAUCUACAUGCUGAGAACAAUAAUUUGAACGAUGAACACAGGAAAGCCAGGCUUGUCCCUUCAGCGUCGGCCGUCGACACUGCGAAAGCGAAUUUUCUUCAACCUCCGAAUCAUACUGCAGUCGAUAUGAAAGAAGAAACUUACAUGUCGUCCUCGGAAGACCUCACGAGAAAGGCCGCAAAAGAAAGUAUACUUAAAAGAAUACCGAUCGGCGCAGAAGCCACGACCGUACUCGUAGGCGCUGUCGAUUUUCUUGCUCAGCCGACAAUAGCUUUUGUGCGUUUAGCUGAAGGAAUCUUGAUACCUACUGUCACUGAGAUCCCAAUACCAGUGAGAUUCAUGUUCAUAUUAUUGGGACCACUAUCUGCUGAUUUAGAUUACCAUGAAAUUGGUCGUUCAAUUUCCACAUUGAUGUCCAAUCCAGAGUUUCAUAAAAUCGCUUACAGAGCGUCUGCUCGUAAAGAGUUGUUAUCGGCUAUCAAUGAAUUCUUAGAUUGUUCCAUUGUUCUUCCUCCUGGCAACUGGGAGAGGCAAGCUUUGCUGCCAUUCAACGAACUAAAAGCAAAGACUGAAGCUAUUCGAAGACGUCAAAGUAAAGCUGUUCAGCUCGAAACGUCUGAACAGAAAGCGUUAAUGGAUGGUGGCGAUGAAGAUGAUGAUGAUGGUUGGAAGAAAAAAGGAGAAGACGACCCUUUACGUAGAACACGGCGUCCUUGGGGUGGAUUGAUCAAUGACAUAAAAAGAAGAUUUCCGCAUUAUAAGUCGGAUGUCAAAGACGGAUUUAACGGCCAGUGCCUUGCUGCGGCGAUUUUUAUGUAUUUUGCCGCACUUUCUGGUGCCAUAACCUUCGGUGGUUUAAUGGCUGACAAGACUGAUAAUUUAGUUGGUAUAUCUGAAACACUUAUAUCAACUGCUAUCGGUGGUAUAGUAUUUGCACUUUUAUCUGGACAACCACUUGUCAUCAUUGGAGCGACUGGCCCUUUGCUCUUGUUCGACGAAAGUCUUUACACGUUUUGUCAAACGAGCGAAAUCGACUACUUGACGACGAGGGUCUACAUCGGUAUAUGGCUUCUCAUCAUCGCUCUCGUAGUCAGUUUCUUUGAGGGGAGCGUCCUUGUGAAGCUUUUCACGAGGUUCACCGAAGAAAUCUUUGCUUCGCUCAUUUCACUUCUUUACAUUGUCGAAAGUGUAAUGAAAGUGUGCCGAGUUUAUGACAAACACCCAAUAAUGACACUGACGGAAUAUUGCAUGGCUGCUAACGAAUCUAUGUGGAUGUACACAAUGCCCAUGUUCAGCGGUAAUCUCUCCUCUGAAAAUGGCUCCAAUGUUUUAAAAAAUGCGACACAAAUUCCACAAGAAAAGCUAGCCUCAGAAAAUAAUCUAACCCAUCAAAUAAAAUCAGCCACAGAUAAAUUCAUCCCGAUCAAGCAUCAUUCUAAACGGCAGGCUCACAUAUCAUGGACUAAUCAAAACUCCUUUCAAGAUAAGGUGAACAAUUCGUCAAAUUCGGGCAUGAAUCAAUGGUCGAUGAACAGUAUGAUGACGGAUCCGUUACAUCACAUCAACGAGCCGAAUACAGCCCUCUUCUGCACCAUUCUCGCUUUAGGCACUUUUUUCAUCGCUCACUACCUGAGACAGUUUAGAAACAGCAAAUUUUUGGGCCGAAGCGCAAGAAGAGCCUUGGGAGAUUUUGGCGUUCCAAUAGCAAUUGUUGUGAUGGUUGGUCUUGAUUACAUCACACCAGGUGCUUACACUGAAAAGCUGAAAGUGCCCGAAGGCUUGUCACCUUCUGCCCCAGAAGUGAGGGGUUGGUUCAUUCCCCCUGCAGGUCUAAUGAGGCCUCUCCCGCUGUGGGCUGCAUUCGCAGCGUUUAUCCCUGCGUUGCUUGUCUAUAUUCUUCUCUUCAUGGAAACGCACAUUUCUGAGCUGAUUAUUGACAAAAAAGAAAGGAAAUUGAAAAAAGGAUCUGGCUUCCAUCUCGAUAUAGUUCUGAUUUGUCUGCUGAAUGUCGGAUGUGGCUUCAUAGGUGCACCUUUUGUCUGUGCCGCCACUGUCAGAUCAGUUACACACGUUUCAGCAGUCACUGUCAUGUCUAGGACGCAUGCUCCUGGUGAAAAGCCUCAUAUUAUAGAAGUCAAAGAACAAAGAGUAAGUGCACUACUUGUCAGCAUCUUGGUCGGCUUGUCAGUACUGAUGUCCCCUCUCUUAAGGCUCGUUCCGAUGUCUGUGUUAUUCGGAGUUUUUCUCUAUAUGGGGAUUUCAUCAAUAAAUGGAAUUCAAUUUUUCGAAAGGUGCCGACUUUUCUUCAUGCCGGUCAAGCACCAUCCUCAAUCUGCAUAUGUUCGAAGAGUCCAGACACUCAAAAUGCAUCUAUUUACACUGAUACAGUUGUUGUGCCUCGUCGUCCUCUGGAUUGUAAAAUCUUCAGGGAUCUCGCUCGCUUUCCCAUUUUUCUUGAUCUUAAUGGUCCCGUUGAGGGCUCAGCUGAGAUUCAUAUUUUCACCAUCAGAACUGAGAGCGCUGGAUAGUGACGAACCGGAUGACGUCGAUGGUAACGAAGAAGAUCCAGAUUUCUAUACAGAAGCGUUACUGCCCGGCUAAAUGCUGAGACAUCGUGCAUGCCUCUCUCCUUUGAAUACUCAAAAUAUUUCUCCGCUUUACGUGUUUUUACAAAGUUUUUUUUGUAAACGCGUAAAUCAUUAUAAAAAUUGAGAUAGUACUAAUAGUCGAGUGCUUAAGUUUUUGAACAUAUAUAUAAUAAUUAUGUUUUAUAUUAAAACUCAAUAUAAAUAUUAAAAACCUUUAAAAAAGAGAGAAAAGAGCAGUAGUUUUGUGAGAGUGCAUUUCUUUUGUGAAAUGUCUCCUUUCGACUGGUGCUAAAAAGGAUUAAAAGCUGUGAGCAUUGUGAAAAUGUGGUAUCUCUUCUUUAAAUUAAACAUAAAUUUCUGAAACAAUAAUUAAAGAAAAUAAAGUGUAACUUGAUCAAUUAAAUAACAAUAAUUUCUACAUUUUAUUUAUUGCAAUUUAUAUUUUUAAUUAAUUUUAAUUUAAGGAAUUUAAUUUUUAUAGUUUCAAAUAGAUUUUCUUCCCAUAAUUUUUUAAUGUUUAUUGGAUAAUUGAUUCAAUUAUACAAAUCUUCUACAUAGGUCAGUACCGUAUAUUGUUGUGGAUGUCUUUUAUAGGUUCUUUAUGAACAUUCUUCUAUUUCCACCUUAGAAAUUGGUACUUCAAAUGGUCUUGAUGUUAUAGCGUAUCUAAACGUUUUUCUUUGCCACAAUUAUUUGUUCAUUGGAUUGAUUAACUUUUUUUAAAUACAUUAAAUUAAGAAAAUUAUUCUUUACCGGACCUUUUUUUUAAAUAACUACAUGAACAAGUUAUUCCAGUAACUUAAUAUUAAUUAACAAAUUGUACAUAUAAUUUGUUUUCAAGAUAAUUUUAGUGGCAAGGAAUAUAACCUAGUGGUUGAAGAACUGUCUUAAAAGUUAGUCAUUAAUUAUAGAAUCAGUUCUUUGGUUUUAUUGUUUAGCAAUUGCUCAAAGUGAUUUGAUAUUUUCUUCCUGUUUCAGCAUUCUAAUAAAUUUUAGUUGAUGUAUUGACCUUGAAAUGAUUUAUAAGAUUUAUUUUUAAUUUGUGUCUCUCGAAGAAUCCGUUGGUACAACCUUGCAUUCCAAUUUGAAGAACCACGUCUAGGUUUUUAGCAAAUAGGCACUACACGAUGACCAAACUAUGCUUUAAAAGUAUGUAUAUCAUAUUCAAGGUACCAACAUAUUCUUUAUUAAAAAAAUUAAAAUUAAAAAAAAAAGCUUAAAAAUGUAUCUACUUUGUUUUUGUGAUUAAUAUUGUCUAUUAAAACUACUUUGAAAAUAAAUUAUAUAUUUUGUUAAAGAAAAAUAAUAUAUAUGUAAAUGUAUAAAUACAAAAAGACAAUUAAUUAUUAAAAUAGAAUGUGCCAAUUUGUUGAGAAAGUUCUAUUUGUCCUGUGUUAAAGAUAAAUCUGAUUUAAAUAUUAGAGUUAUGUACAUAGGUUAGGAAAAAAGAAAUAAGUGAAAUUCCGUAGGACAAUGCCUGUGAUUAUAAAGGUACUUAUAGAAAAUGUUACUUCCUAAUUAAAUGUCAUUUAGUUUUUUUUUUCUUUAAUUUUAUUUGUAAUUUAGCAUUACUGUAUAAGAUUAAAACUUAGACAAUUGUGGAAGUAUUUAAAAAAAAAGGAAAAAACAGAAGCAUUUAGAUCAACAUAAUUGUAAUUUAUACGUGUGUACCUUGAAAUUGUUAUAUAAUUGAAUAUGUAUGUUAUAUUAUAUAUUUUUACCCAUCAUAUUUUUAGAGAUAGAGCAGGAUAUUUUUAUUUAUACAGAAAAACAAAUUAUUUACUAUUAUGGAAUGCAAUAUAAGAUUUUAAAGCGUAAAAGAAACUCAAGAAAGUGUGAUAUAAAGUGGAUUCACUAAUGUUUUCACUCUAUUAGUUCAUAAAUUCUAAUUUAGUAUUAAUAAAAUUCUUUUGCCUA